UUACAGUUCCGACAGCACGAAAGAACAACGGCUGACAAUUUAUCUGUGACAGCACAAUCAAUGAACCGUGCAGGAAGGACAACGGCAUCAACGGACUAGCUAGAUAUAUUCGUACAAAACAUGGCAGAUGAUGGCAUAGACUACAACAUUGUAUUUCCAGAUGCUCUUAUUUCGGAGAGACACUGGCAUGGGACCAAGGAACCGGUUGUCAUCCUGCUUGGAUGGGCUGGUUGUAAAGACAAACAUCUAACCAAAUACGGCUCAAUCUACAAUAAACAGGGAUGUGUCACUGUCCGCUACACAGCCCCCUUGAAGACCGUCUUUAUCUCUGAAUCCUUUGGCUUCAAAGAACUGAGCAGCACCGCCCGCAAACUUCUGGAGAUCCUUUACGACUAUGAAGUGGAGAACAGCCCCAUAUUUUUCCAUGUGUUCAGCAAUGGAGGGUUCAUGCUUUACCGUUAUGUCGUUGAACUCAUGCACAGUGAACAACAGUUCAGCUCCCUGCGUGUGGUAGGGGCUGUAGUAGACAGUGCCCCUGGUAGUGGGAAUGUUUGUGGGGCGGUACGUGCCCUCACUGCUACUCUGGGGCCCAAUGUCAACACAAUGUUGAAGUACGUCCUCCUGACGCUGUUUGCCGUGACUGUUUUCCUACUACGGGUGGUCCUGUACCCCGUGACCAAGUACAUCCACAGGAACCACUAUGAUGCUAUGAGGGAGCACCCGGUCACCUGGCCCCAGCUCUACCUCUACUCCCAGGCCGACCAGGUGAUCCGCAACGGAGACGUGGAGCUCAUGGUCAAGGCCCUGAAGGAGAAGGGGAUGCCAGUGGACAGUUAUGACUUUGUGACCACUGCUCAUGUCAGCCACUACCGAGACUUCCCCCAGGUGUACACCACACGGUGCCUGGCUUUCCUCGCCGACUGCAUGAAGACCCCCGAGGGGACCCAGAGCAAGAAGCAGCGCCACCUUAUACAGUAGUGAAAAUAAUGACGCACACGCCACUAACUUGGCUCAAUAUGUUCAUUGCAUAUAUGGUAUUGUGAUUCUACUGUCAUGUGACACAUGUAUAGGCUCAAACUGUCAUUUGAACUGCACUAUGGUACUGCUGGGAUACUUGGAACAAACAAGCGAUGAGUUUGGGAAAAGACCAAUAGCUGAGUGUGUUUACUUGCGAUGUGGUGAAAAUAGGACGGAUUGUUAUUGUUGACUCUUGCUAAAAUGUUGUAAAUCCCGAACUGUGAGACACUGAGUGAUCUUUUAAGAAAAUGUGAACAAAAGAAAAAUAUGGUUUUCCCAUCAAUUUGAAACGUUGAUGAAGAUUGUAUGUUCAGCACUUAGGCUACUUAUUUUACUAAUGUGCCUUCAAUAAAUGGAAAUAACAUUUAA